CCCCCCCCCCCCCCGCCGUUCCCUCCUUUCUGUUGCUGAGGCAUUGUCAGGGGGGCGCGAGCAGGAGUCUCGGCAGCCCUCCCGGCAGCCUUUGCGCUGGAGGAGGAAGUCGCCACAGCGGAAGGAGGAGGAGGAGGAGGAGCGGCUGAGGGGAGAGAAGGGGGGAGGGGCGACGACGGCGACGGUGCCGGCUGGCUCAGGAAGAUGGCGGCGGCGGCUACGGCGGCGGUUGCUGCUGCUCCUCCUCCUCCGGUCCCUGUGAACCUGCGGCUUGGCGAUCUGGUGUGGGGGAAGCUGGGAAGAUAUCCUCCUUGGCCAGGAAAGAUUGUUAAUCCACCUAAAGACCUAAAGAAGCCCCGUGGGAAGAAGUGCUUCUUUGUCAAGUUUUUUGGGACUGAAGAUCAUGCUUGGAUUAAGGUGGAGCAGCUGAAGCCGUACCAUGCCCACAAAGAAGAGAUGAUCAAAAUCAACAAAGGCAAGAGGUUCCAGCAGGCUGUGGACGCCGUGGAAGAAUUCCUCAAGAAAGCCAAAGGCAAGGAUCAGGCAUCUCACAGUUCUGCCGAAGAGAAGAACCGGCGGAACUCCAGCGAAGAAAGGGGCAAAUCGUCAGGAGAAGAGAAGCGCAAAGCCGGACAGUCAGAGGGGAAGCCGAAAAAGAGGGUCUCUUCAGUCUCCUCAGAGCGAGGCUCCAAGUCCCCGCUGAAGAGAACGUACGAGCAGAGUCCCCGGAAACGAGGGCGCCCCCCCAAAGAUGAGAAGGAUCUGACCAUCCCGGAAUCGAGCACUGUGAAAAGAAUGAUGACGGGGACCGUGGCGGGCUUCAAGUGGCCACCCAGUGUAAGCGAGCCGGUGAAAGAGGGCGAUCCACAUUUCCAUCACUUCCUGCUCAGCCAGACGGAAAAGCCGACCGUUUGCUAUCAAGCCAUCACGAAGAAACUGAAGGUGUGUGAAGAGGAGACCGGAUCUACAUCCAUACAGGCGGCAGACAGCACAGCUAUCAACGGCAGCAUCACACCUACAGAUAAGAAGUUGGAUAAGGAAUUUGACCCAUUAGCGGAGGCUUUCCCUGACCCCCAGCCCGGAGAGGCCACUAACAGGAUAGGGUUCCUGGGCCUGGGAUUGAUGGGCAGCGGCAUCGUCUCCAACCUGCUGAAAAUGGGGCACACUGUCACCGUCUGGAACCGGACUGCAGAGAAGUGUGAUUUGUUCAUCCAGGAGGGGGCCCGCUUGGGAAGAACCCCCGCCGAAGUGGUCUCAACCUGUGACAUCACUUUCGCCUGCGUCUCUGACCCCAAGGCGGCCAAGGAUCUGGUGCUUGGUCCUAGCGGGGUGCUCCAGGGGAUACGCCCGGGGAAGUGCUACGUGGACAUGUCCACCGUGGAUGCAGACACAGUUACGGAGCUGGCCCAGGUGAUUGUAUCCAGGGGUGGCCGCUUCCUGGAGGCACCUGUCUCAGGGAAUCAACAGCUAUCGAAUGACGGGAUGCUGGUGAUCUUAGCUGCUGGGGAUAGAGGCUUGUAUGAAGACUGCAGUAGCUGUUUCCAGGCCAUGGGGAAGACCUCAUUUUUCCUAGGGGAAGUGGGCAACGCCGCCAAGAUGAUGCUGAUCGUGAACAUGGUCCAAGGGAGCUUCAUGGCCACCAUCGCAGAAGGCCUGACUCUAGCCCAAGUGACCGGCCAGUCCCAGCAGACCCUUCUGGAUAUCCUGAACCAAGGGCAGCUCGCCAGCAUCUUCUUGGACCAGAAGUGCCAAAACAUCCUGCAAGGAAACUUUAAACCAGAUUUCUACCUGAAGUACAUCCAGAAGGAUCUCCGAUUAGCCAUUGCACUAGGCGACUCCGUCAACCACCCAACUCCCAUGGCAGCUGCCGCAAAUGAGGUCUACAAAAGGGCGAAAGCAUUGGACCAAUCAGACAACGAUAUGUCCGCUGUGUACAGGGCCUACAUCCACUAGGGCUAUUCCGUUCUUAUUGUUAAUAUCCUGAUUAUUAAUUAUGAUGAUGAAUACUGGGUUUUUAACUCUGGACCAGUCCAUCUCUGUCUCUCUCUCUCUCUCUUCUCCCACCCCCUCCAUCUUCUUCUUCUUUUUUUGUAAAAUGCAACAACAAAACCCUCUUUGGAAUCUGCCGCCAGAGCAGGCGCCCCAGCCAGGCUCCCUGUGCCGGCGGAAGGAAGAAUCGGAGGCGAGGGCGGAUGCAGGUGUUGCCAUCUUGAUGGCGAAUCUGUUCCCCUCCGCUGAGAGUUCACAGAAUGGAAUUGGCAAGCCGUUUUAUCCCCGAAUCCCCAGACGUCGGACUCUUGUAGGAAUAUCUGCUGCUUGGUUUCUUUUCGCUACUUGGUUGUAUGAGUGUCCCGAGUUUUAACUGCUAGUUCACCUUUUUUUGCCGUGGGUAAGGUGAACGCUUGAGCGGCAGAGGUUCCACCCGCCUGCAAAUGUCGAAGUGACUCUAGGCAUUCCUUGGGAUGGGAACCUGUUUCCUGUGUGACUGUUUCUUCCCUGGAGGAAUGGUUUGGACAAGAGAGCAGUGGCCCUAGAUUCAGUGUAGUGUUUCGAGAGCUGCCCCCCCCCCCCCCCCCAACAUCCCAAAGGAAAUAUUUCUCACAAGAAUGGCAGAAUUAGAUCUUUGGCUUCCCCAACCAGCACAGCCUGGUUUUUAAAGAAGACGGUCCCCUAACAGCAUAGCUUGCGUGCCCAGAAUGCAUUGGCUGACACGGAUUCCCAAAAGGUCGAUCUGCUCCGAAGAGCAUUUGUAAAACAGUCUUGCUUUUUAAAAAACGAUUCAGGCAGUGAAAUCUUGUGUGUGUGUUAGAAGCGGGAAGGAGUCAAUUUUCGCAACCUUUUGAGACCCGUGCUGUAUCUCCCUGUGUUACCCGCAGCCUUCUUGGAGCAAAUGUCACGAGCAAGGAGGUGUGAACUGAGGCUUGGUUUGAGGAAGCUGUGCGAUCCAGCAGGCAUCUCCGCUUCCAAGUUUUCCCACUGCUGAAAUUGGAAGCAAUAUGUCUAUAUAGCAACCAUUCUCAAGUGAGCGACCUACCACGCGAUAUGGCAACUUUCAUUGACGUGGUCUGGUCUCAGAGGCAGCCUGUUACUUUGUCGGUUCCGGAGAAAAAGGAAAUUGGCAGCCCAGAUGACCAGUUUGAAAAGUCCAGCUCAUGAUAGGGGGCAGAAGACUUUUUACGCCAAACAGAAUUUAACCCACGUCCUGCCCUGGCGGAACGGCUGCCCGAUGGAAGGCCUCUCACUGUGCUUGUACCAUGGUUGCUUUUUAACUCUCAAAAGGGAAAUAUGAAGAAAUGUAUCCCGAGUAGAGGAAACAGGGAUGCUGUUUCAAACUCCGAAGUCUUUUUCAAAAGAAAAAAAAAUCUUCCCAUCAGUAUUAAUUACCUCUCCUUCCUCCUCUGGGCUUUUUCAUCUUUUUGGAAUUUUCCUGCAGCCACCCAUCAGGAAAAAGAAGCAAACAAUAAAUUAUCCAGCCCUCUGGAGACCUUCUCCAUUUCCCGGGCUGACAGUUAGCCAAAGGUUCCGUCUCAUUGUGUGCAGUGCGCGCGCGAUACAGCCGCACCAGAAUGGAGCUGUGCUUCUGCAGGGGUUUUUGUCAAGACAGCUGAGAAGCAAGCGAUCUUUACUUUAGGGAUCUGUUACAGUCCUGGUGGCUGGUGAUCUAACAGCGAGUGGAUUUUUGUGACGGUUGGGUGAAUUUUUUUCCCCUGAAGAAGACAAAUAAGGAAUUUGCUCCUUCCUUGAACAUGAGGAAUAAAGAUUCACAUCAAGCACAAGGCAAGGCUGAGAAGGGAGGACAGCACGGGCUCUAAGAUAGUAUUCUGCUAAGCGCUGGGUUGAAAUGAUGCUCAGUUCACCAUUUGCAUCUGAGCCCCCAUGACAACUGAAAGGCUAGCAGGCACGGGGUGGCACAAAUGUAGGCCAGACAUAGGGUCUGAAUUAUGGGCUCAUGCCGUAGCACACCUGUUAAGUUUUCCAGGUGGCCUGGGGCUCAUGCCAUUUCAAAAGGAAGUCAGUGGGGUUCAGAAUUCACAAGCCUGGGUCUCUUCGGAUCCCGUUAGAUGGUUCAGGGCGGAAGGAAGGGGACAAUUGUGGGUUGCAAGAAAACACAACGGAACUGGCUUUAGUCGUCUUAAUAUUGUUGACCAUAUUGUAAAGUUCCUUUUUUUAAAAUGAAGAUUUCCGUUUUAGCAAAUGCUCUUGGGGGAGGGGAUUCCCUUCCAUUUUUAAAAGAGGGAAAAAAGUGACACUUGUGAAAAGCUUGUAAAAAAAAGCAGUUUUCUUUUUAAAUUCCCCCGUCCUCCUCCCCUCUUUCAAUCACAGAUCUAUAGGUAAUUAAGGUUGUGAAUUUUUUUAAAUGUUUUGCCUUGUUUUUAAUUAACGUUUGUCAUUCAAAAUAGGAUGUGUGGUGAUGAUUAAAUGGCAAAACCUGACGAAACGAAUUUUUUUCCUUGUGCAAUUAACAAAGCUACUGGCUUAAAGAAAAUAAAACCUUUCUUGGUAACACAA